AGUAACAAGUUUUAAUCUGAUGUGGCACAGAAGAGACCUCAAUGCAGAUCCCUAUAUUCACUGUGGACACGUUCACAAGCAAAGCUUUCUGUGGAAAUCCCGCUGCUGUCUGCCUGCUGGAUAACCCUGUGUCUGAGGAAUGGCAUCAGAACAUUGCCACAGAGAUGAACUUGUCAGAAACAGCUUUCAUCAGGACGCUCAAGCUAGAGGACACCUUCGGCAACAGUUCCCGGUUUAGCCUGAGGUGGUUCACACCGACAAACGAGGUUCCCCUGUGUGGACACGCUACCUUAGCUGCUGCCAAGGUGCUUUUCCAAAUAAAAAAGAAUUCAAAUGCUGUUCUUACCUUUGAAACAUUAAGUGGGGAGUUACAUGCCAGACAGGCAGGCAGUGAUAUAGUGCUGGACUUCCCACUCAACCGUACCACUGUGCAGGAUGAAAAAGAAAUAAAAGAGUUAAUAAAGGGAGCAGUGGGUGACCUCAACAUACAAGACAUUCACUACUCAUCUAAGACAAAGAAACUUCUCGUUCGUCUUAACGACGCCUAUGAAAGGACUGUGCUAGAAACACUUCAAGUGGAUCCCAACCGUCUGCUUCAGGCAGAGAAUAGUGGUAUGGUGAAGGGCCUUAUUCUAACACUUAAAGGAACACCGAACAUUAGUACAAGAGGCUAUGACCUUUACUCAAGAUAUUUUUCUCCAUGGAAUGGAAUUCCUGAGGAUCCCGUGACAGGCUCCGCGCACACAGUUCUGGCCAGCUACUGGACGGAACAACUUGGCAAGAGAGAGAUGUUAGCUUAUCAAUGCUCCAAACGAGGAGGCAGUCUGAAGAUCUCGGUGAAAGAGGGUGGACGAGUGGAUAUAGCUGGCACUGCACUGAUUGUUCUCCAUGGAAGCCUCAUCUUGUCAGAGUCUUAAUUGACCAUUUUGAACGUGCUGAUGCAUGUGCCUGGAUAAUCUGCAAGCAGUCGUGUCCUACACAUGGUAUAAAUACCACUCGGGUUGUUAAUCUUUUCAGGGGAAAUUAUAGGGGGAACAUUCUGCAUUAGUCACAGUGAAAAUCUCAGGUGCUGGAAAUCAUCUUAAAAAAACAUUUUGCAGCUACCAAACAUUUACACAUUUGCUGUGUUUGCUUAGGAAGGUCUGUGCUGUUAACUGACAGCCAAGAAAGUAGUUGGAACUACAAUUAGACUUUGUAAUCCUUGGGUUAGGAAGCAGGAAAAAUCAGCCAGAUUUCUCUGCUCCCGAUUGCUAUCCAAACACUAGACUGUUGAAAGGUGUGUGCAUGUGUAUGGCAGAUAAGAUUGGGCUUGGCUGUGAUGCCCCCUGUUGGUCAAAUGGACUAACAGUCACCAUCAAAGGUCACACACUGAUAAUACCUGCUGAAGUUUUCAAUAGAAGAAAAAAAGAAUUA